UUAUUUCGGUGCCCUGCCUGAAAGGACUGUGAAGUCUUGCAGCGGUUCAGACUUGAGGAGUGACAACUUACGAUGGCGAGUGCUCUUCAUCCGUUUUCUUCCCACUUCUCUGUGGUCGGAGGUCACAGCCCCUGAAGCGGAACUCACAGGCGUUACAUUUCCCGCCCCUGCACGACCCCAACCGUCAACUGGAGAGCCUGGAUAUUCAAGGACAUUUUUAACGUUGCCAUAGCUACUUCGGCCUUUUUUUUUUCUCCUGUCGAUUGAGGAAAUCCAGCGUGCGGGUUUUUUUCUCGUGUCCACGUUUGGUAAACACGGGCAGAAACGGGGGUUAAAUAUCAUGUAACACACACUCUCUCCCGGGGUUUUUAAAAUGUACCUCCGUGUGUCAUCUUUACAUGUCGUACCUCCGCCGGAGAAGAGCCGAAUACACGGAAAGGAAAUCCGACUUUCGAUGCCUUCAUCUCAGUCAGGGCAUCGUCUCCUCGCCUCGUUAAGUUAGCGGCUGCUUCGUGCUGACGGGAAAUUCACGUCUCAGGUGAAAGCAGUGACCCCCCCCUGACACCCCCCCUUUACCCCCCCCCCCCCCCCCUUACCCGGACUAAAAGGUGGAUGCACUUCGACCUGCUGAGUGCUGGAGUGUCGGGGAAGCCAGAGGUGUGCAUCUCUGCUGUGCAUCAGGUCCAGAGGACAGAAAGCGGAGCGAGGUGAAAAUGAGCCGUGGUGAGGAAGGCCGACAAAAAGUGAAAGUGGAGACAGAAGAAACAGGAGAGAAAAGAAGUAUCAGCACCCGGCAGCGUCUCUCGUCUCUACUUUCCCCCGUCGCUCUGACUUCAUCAAGUGAACCAGAAGCAUCAAUGUGGACUGCAGCCGCUGAUUUGACAAGUCGCGUAUAAGGAGCUCCCCCCCAAGGUCUCUCCUGUCCCCUCUCCCCCCCUCCCUUCCCUCCCUCCCCCCUCCCCUUGUCAAUCUUCUCCCCGUUCCCCCCUUCCCCUCCCCUCCACCAAGAUUCACCAUGCUUAUCAAGGAGUACCGCAUCCCCAUGCCCAUGAGUGUGGAGGAGUACCGCAUCGCCCAGCUCUACAUGAUCCAGAAAAAGAGCAGAGAGGAGAGCUGUGGAGAAGGCAGCGGCGUGGAGAUCUUAGAGAAUAAGCCCUACACAGAUGGACCGGGUGGGACGGGCCAGUACACCCACAAGGUCUACCACAUUGGCAUGCACAUUCCCAGCUGGUUCCGCUCCAUCCUGCCCAAAGCAGCGCUGAGGGUUGAAGAGGAGUCAUGGAACGCCUACCCUUACACCCGCACCAGAUACACCUGUCCCUUUGUGGAGAAGUUCUCCAUCGACAUCGAGACGUACUACAAACCCGACACAGGCGACCAGGCAGAUGUCUUCAACCUGUCUGCAGCAGAUAAGAGGCAGAGGACCAUCGACCCGAUCGACAUCGUGACGGAUCCCAUCCUCCCUCAUGAGUACAAAGCAGAGGAGGACACUCGGCUCUACAAGUCGAUGAAGACUCAGAGGGGUCCUCUGCAGGACGACUGGAUAGAAGAGUACAACAACAACCCGGGGAAGACCCCCAUCAUGUGUGCCUACAAACUCUGCAAGGUGGAGUUCCGCUACUGGGGCAUGCAGUCUAAGAUUGAACGCUUCAUCCAUGACGUGGGGCUGAGGAAGGUGAUGGUGCGUGCCCACCGGCAGGCCUGGUGCUGGCAGGACGAGUGGUACGGUCUCACCAUGGAGGACAUCCGGCAGCUGGAGCUGGAGACCCAGCUGGCCCUGGCCACAAAGAUGGCCCAGUUCUGUCAGGCCGAGGAGGCGACGGAGGCCAACGGAGGAGCUCCGUCUCCGGAUAAAGAGAAGGAAGUUAAAGAGGCCAUCAACUCCAUCGAGACGGAGGACGCGGCCGUCAGCUCAGCGGGAGAGACGCUGCAGCCACGAGGUGUGCUCACCAAGCAAUGGUCCACUUCAUCCCGAUCCUCCCGCUCAUCCAAGAGAGGAGUGAGCCCGUCACGUCACAGCAUCUCCGAGUGGAGGAUGCAGAGCAUCGCUCGAGACUCAGAAGAAAGCUCUGACGAGGAGUUCUUCGACGCUCACGAGGAUUUCUCAGACAGCGAGGAGGUCCUCCCAAAGGAAAUCACCAAGUGGAACUCCAACGACCUCAUGGACAAGAUCGAAGCCGCAGACACCGAGGAGAAUCAGGGUGAGCUGUUCAAGGAAAUGACAGUGGACUAUGAAAGAUCCGCCAGUGAGGACAGACUGGACGAGGAGAGCUCGUCCCAGCAGUGCCUGCAGCCUUCAAAGAUCCACGUGCUAAUUCUGGUUCUGCACGGAGGGAACAUCCUGGACACAGGCGGCGGGGACCAGAACAGCAAGCAGGCCGACGUUAACACCAUCAGCACGGCCUUUGAGACGGUCAUGCGCGUUCACUAUCCCGCUGCACUGGGACGCAUCGCCAUCCGCUUGGUGCCGUGCCCUGCCAUCUGUGCCGAGGCCUUCUCCCUGGUGUCCAACCUGAGCCCUUACAGCUACGAUGAGGGCUGUCUGUCCAGCAGUCAGGACCACAUCCCCCUGGCGGCUCUCCCCCUUCUUGCCACCUCUGCCCCGCAGUACCAGGAAGCCAUGGCAACCGUCAUCGUCAGGGCCAACCAGGUGUACGCAGACUUCAUAAAGUCUCUGGAUGGGGCGGCUUUCUCCGGCCAGGUUUGUCUCAUUGGGGACUGCGUGGGAGGAAUCUUAGGAUUUGAUGCUCUGUGCAGCAGCAAUCAGACCGUCAACGAGAGCCAGAACAGCAGUCGCAGGGGCAGUGUGGUGAGUGUGCAGGACCAGGACCUCCUCUCCCCCGGCAUCAUCGUCAACAGCGGCCACGGUUCGGCCUCUCCGACCCUCGAGGGAAGCCGUCACCUCAGUCGCAGUAACAUCGACAUCCCUCGUGCGGGCGCAUCCGAUGACACCAAGAAACAACUCCAACGAAAAAGAAGCGAUUCCUCCACUUAUGAGGUGGACACAAUAAAACAGCACCAGGCCUUCCUAACCAGCUUGCACUCCAGUGUGUUGCGGAGCGACACAGCCUCGCGUAGGUCGAGCAGCAGCACGAUGCUGGAUGGGUGCUCCCUGGGGAAGUUCGACUUUGAGGUGUCCGACUUCUUCCUUUUUGGCUCUCCGCUGGGGCUGGUGCUCGCCCUGAGGAAGACGGUCAUUCCCAUGCUGGAUGUGGCCCAGCUGCGCCCUGCCUGUCAGCAGGUGUACAACCUGUUCCAUCCGGCCGAUCCCUCGGCCUCCCGACUGGAGCCUCUGCUGGAGAGGAAAUUUCACCUCCUGCCCCCGUUCAACGUGCCACGCUACCAACGCUUUCCCCUGGGAGAUGGAAACUCCGCCCUACUGGUGGAGACAGUCCAGAGCAACGCUCAGCUGCUGCUUGACAGCGGGCCCCCCCUGUCCUUUCGCUGUCAGGAGACCAUCAGUGAGACCUGCAUCCCUGUGCCUGUGCUAAACUGGCAGGAGGGCUCCCUCAAAGUGGAGUCGGAUGUUGUUCAGUCUCAUGGUGGUGUCUUCAUGGACAGUUCGUACCCCUCAUCCCCCGUAACGGGCCCCCUCUCCCGGGGCCAGCGGAGGGCCAGUGAGGCCAGCAUUGCCAGCCAGGUCUCAGGAAUGGCAGACAGUUACACUGCCACCAACAUAGCUAACACUAAAUCAGAACAAAUUAACCAAUCCAAAAAGGUCGGCCUUUUGGCCCAACUCGCCCUCUCCUCGCCAAGCAAAUUCUUCCUGAAAAGUCCUCCUAACUUAAGAAAGAAAGCGGACGCCGGCCGGGCCGCGGGACCUCCUGACGCCGAUCUAGAGGCAGAGCUGGAUAGUGAGUCCAGUGAGACUUUAGGUCCCAUUGGCCAGUACGAGAACUGCCUGUCAGCGGGCCUGGACUUUGCCAUAUCUGAUCUGGUCUCACUGGACUCCCAGGCUGAAGUGGACCAAGUUGCGGCACGUUGGUGGGGCACAAAGCGGCUGGACUUUGCCCUGUACUGCCCCGACGCUCUGACAGCUUUCCCCACAGUGGCUUUACCGCAUCUCUUCCACGCUUCGUACUGGGAGUCCACAGAUGUCGUGUCUUUUCUCCUGAGACAGGUCAUGAGGCAUGAGAACUCCAGCAUCCUGGAGCUUGACGGGAAAGAAGUCUCUGAGUUCACCCCGUCCAAACCUCGAGAGAAGUGGCUCCGCAAGAGGACUCAUGUGAAGAUCAGGAACGUGACAGCCAACCACCGAGUAAACGACGCCGUGUUCACAGAAGGCUCCCAGCAGGUGGUGACGGGGCGCUUCAUGUACGGCCCUCUGGACAUGGUCACUUUGGCCGGAGAGAAGGUCGAUCUCCACAUCAUGACGCAGCCUCCGUCAGGAGAGUGGGUCUGCUUCAACACAGAGGUGACCAACAGCAGUGGACGCGUGUCUUUUGCCAUCCCGGACGACAAACGCCUGGGCAUCGGCGUUUACCCCGUCAAAAUGGUAGUGAGGGGCGACCACACGUUCGCCGACAGCUACCUGACAGUCAUUCCCCGCUGCACCGAGUUCGUGGUGUUCAGCAUCGACGGGUCGUUUGCCGCCAGCGUGUCGAUCAUGGGCAGCGACCCCAAAGUGCGAGCAGGAGCAGUAGACGUGGUCAGGCACUGGCAGGACUUAGGCUAUUUGAUCAUCUACGUGACCGGGCGACCUGACAUGCAGAAGCAGCGGGUGGUGGCGUGGCUGUCUCAGCACAACUUCCCCCACGGCAUCGUCUCGUUCUGCGAGGGCUUGGUCCACGACCCGCUCAGACACAAGGCCAACUUCCUCAAGAGCCUGACCGAGAAUCACUUGAAGAUUUUCGCCGGCUAUGGAUCGACCAAAGACAUCUCAGUCUACACCGCCAUCGGCCUCCCUGCCUCCCAGAUUUACAUCGUGGGUCGACCCUCCAAGAAGAUGCAGCACCAGUGCCAGUUCAUCACAGAGGGAUACGCGGCUCACCUGUCGCAGCUCGAGUACAACCACCGCUCCCGGCCAGCGAAGUCCAGCAGCGCGCGCAUGGUGCUGCGCAAAGGCAGCUUCGGCCUGGGCGCGAACAGCGACUUCCUGAGGAAGAGGAACCACCUGCUGCGCACCAUUUCCUCCCAGCCGGCGCCCAGCUCCCCGACGGGCAGCAUCCACAACAGACCGGAGCGCACGCAGAGCCAGUCGGACGGCGACCGGCUGGAGCGGCUGGAGGGCGUCCACGGCCACGGGCAGGGGGCGACGCAGCGCAGCAUGAGCAUCACGGCCAGCUGCUGGGGACGCAGCAGCAGCACCAAGCUGGAGCCGGGCGUCUUCGGCCCCAAAUGAGUUCAGGGAGACGCGACGUGAGAGCGACUUACAGCGCUGAGGAGGAGACUGAUGAAAAAAGAAAAAUGCAAAGAGUGAGAAAUAUGUGGCCCGCACCUGAUGAUGGAUACAAACCACGAUGAAAGCAUUCGGUGCUACAAACCACUCUUUAUAAAGCAGUCACACUCCACUCAGAGAUUUAUGAACAGAGGUUACGGCUUUAUUCACAGAAGAAAAUGCAAAAAGGCAUUUGAAGCAGACUUCAUGAAUACUGAAGGAAUCCAGACUGUUUCUAGAUAUUUAUCAGGAUUGAAUACGAGGUCCGUUUUCCACUUUCAGACUGGAGAUGGUUUCACACACAAGCAGCCCGUACCAGGUCCGAGCGCCUGCCGUGUCCACUUCAAGCACAACAAUGACUACAGAGAUCAACUUGGUGCAAAAUGGUUUUUAAAUCUCUCCUUUUUAUGUGACCAUCAGAUAUUUCCACAUGUGUGAGCAGAGCUGAGGAGCUGCAGGUUAAACUGGACUGAGUGCUUCGGGUUCAAGGUCACAGAGUGAUCUUUGUUUUUUUAAAGAAUGCAUCGUUUAUCAAUAUUAAGAAAAUAAACUAGAAGUUCUGUUAGAGAACUAACUUCUACUCUUCACAAACAGCAGCGUCUCUGAACCGCUCAGUCCAGUUUUGCUUGUUUUCAAGUCGUCCCUCAGACCAAAGAUUCCUCCAGAUAUCACAUGAAGCAAACGGCUAAAUUGCCCUUUAACUUUUGGCUGCAGCAGAAACUGUUUCUGGGUUUCAAAGCGGCUCACCCGUAAUGCUCUGCUGCUGCAGCGUAAUGAAUCAGAACGACUCCUCUAAAGGGAAAACGGUUAAUGUGCCAAAGGGAACAGUGCAGAGUGAUGUGCUGUACAUGAACGACAGAAAACAAGGGGUCUGGGGUCUCCUGUGUAAAAAAAAAUGAGUCCAUUGUGUAAGUAUGUAUUUGAAUGCCUUAAAGGGCCGUGUACAUAGUUGUUAUUCUACAGUGCAGAUCUGGUAUCUGGUCCACUGAAGACCAGCUUCAAGUGUCUUCUUUACUGCGGGGGGUAAACGCCGCCUCAUUCAGGAUACACCUUAUCGAUAGAUGAUGAUAAUUAUUGUUAUUUAAGAUAAUAGAUAUUUUAAAAAUGUAUGGAUUUUUUGUGAUCAAAAUGUGUUUUAAGAUUACUUUUGGGUGUUUUUGUUUUUUUUCUCUAUAAACUUCCGUUGCAGCAGCCAAAAACUCAAAGAGGUCUUCACCUCGCACAGUAUUGAAUUUCUAUGAUUUGAUCACCAGAGUUGUAUCAACAGAACUGCUAUCUUGUGACUAUGUUUGUUAUGAUCUAUUUUGGAAAUUUGGGAUAUGGCUUCUCUCUGGUUUCCCCCCCUCCAUGCUGUAAAUGAGGCGUUGAAUGUGCUCAUAGAUAAUCCUUCUUAGGUUAAGAUCUAUUUUACUCUGUUCUGCUGCGUCUUUAGAGGAAGUGGAAGAAUCUGCAGAUUGUAAAUUCUGUACAGAAAUGCUGUGAGCAGUUAGGAACACAGCUGACGUGUACUUGAUGCUGUUUGCCACUUGUCUCUGAAAGGGGGUCACAGGGUUAUUUAUUCAUUUUAAAGGAUGAUCGUUUUGUCCCUCGGAUCGGUGUGUACAGGGCUGAGUGCAAAGGACCAAUAGGAGCCUAACUAAAGGGGAAACGUGCAAUAUAAUUCAGCCACACCACUCGAUGAAAAAACAGGCUGUGUGGAGGGGAUUUCACAGCAUCGACAAUCAAGUCCAACAGGCACAUAUUCUGCAGAGAGAAGCUAAAGUAGAGUAGCCGCUAAGCAGACGAGCAUCCAAACAUUUUAUCACUCUGUUUCCUCCGAGUCAUUUCUGGUGUUUCUCUCGAGAUCUCAGCUUAUUGGUUUAGUAUCAUCAGAGCUGCAACAGCACAAAAACAAACACAGAACUAGUCUCAGCUUAGUGUAGACAGUGGCAGCAUGGCAUGGCGUUUUCUAGAUCAGGGGUUCCCAAACUUUUCAGCCCUGAAACCCCCCAAAAUAACGACGGUGCAGGAGACUGGGGACCCCCCAAUGUCCCUGCAUGGUUGCAGUCGUGUGCAAACUUCCAUUUUAAAGAUCAUUUUUACACAUCAGUUAUUUUAGCAGAAAUCUAUUGAACCGUUACCUCUCUGUUACAUAUUCCACAUGUAGCUGGAGAGAUGGUCUCUUCACUCAGAGAACCGGGGUUACACAUUGUAACCGUACCAUCUCCAACUUGACCUUCCCGGGUUAGAUACCGACUUAUUUCUCACGUUCAAACCAAAACCAGUCUUAUCUCCAGAUAACAAGAAUGAAAUGAACUUUUUUGAUAAAGCUAGUUUUUGAUAUCCAGUGAAAUCAAGAGAGUCAAGAUGGAGUGAAAUCCAGUCGCUUCUAAAGGUCUUGACUUAUUAGUGUGGUUACCUCGGGAUGACAAAGCUGCUUGUGAGAUAACGUGGGAAAAAAAAUAGUUGAUUCUUGAGAAAGCAACUGAAAAUAAGCAGAAUUGAUUUCUGGAAAUAAGGAGAUUAGUAAGUUGAGAUAAACUGAAACUACUUUUCUUUUUUUUCACCGGGACACAAAGCAGAUGAAAUGUUUGGAUGCAUGUUCGAGACUUAGUCCAUCUCUGAAGUGAGAGGUUUGAUGAUGCCUGCUCACAUCACAGAUCAGGCUUCGUGACUCCUUCAGAGGCCGCUGAUGGGGGGCGAUAAAAGACGGAACACACACUCAUCCAAAAGUUAUCAUUUACUGAACCCCGAUCCCCUCCUCAGAGAAAUUUAACCACCUGGAUAUUAGAAUCCAGAGAAUGUAAAGACGGGGGGGGGGUGCAUCUGAGCACACAAUCGCUUCUUCCUGUUCCCCACAUUACCAGAGGCCUUACAUUCCCCCUCUCUGCCUUAGAGUCGCGAGGCCUAAAAAACAAACGCUGCUCUCCUGAAUUAUGGGGAAAAAAGACUGUUCACGUAGACUUGAUGGAAACAGGAGACGGCCAUAUUUUCUUAAAGGCUUUGGCUUGUUUUUACUUUAAAGGGAAACGUGCAAAUGAAAAAAACAAAAACAGAAAAUCACAAAUAUUAGGCGUCCCUUCCCCGUCUCUUAAGCUCUGCUCCCCGGGUUAACACGACGCCACAACAGUGAGCUUUGAGAGGCUGUAAACUGUAUAUAUAUAUAAACCACACACAUGGUAAAUAUUUUCAUUGUACAGGGUGUGACUCUUGUAGGUUUUGGAUAACUUCAUUUUAUCCAUCCCCCCUUGUGUUUUUAUGUACAGUGUAUAAAGAACGUAUAAAGAACAAAUCCAGUCUG